AUGUCCUACAAUCGCUUAGAUCCAGACCCCUACGGGGAAGAUGAACACGCUCACAUGAUGCAUCCUUACGCCCAGCGCACACCCUCGCCAGGACAUCCAUUGAACGGCUACCAGCUGGCAGAUAAUCCUUAUGCGCCACCUGGACACCUGGAAAUGCCCUCCAGCGACCGUUUGGCGGAGCAACCAACAUACUCGGUGACCAGGCUGCCCAAUUCCUACGGACAUAAUGAAGCCUACGAAGACCACGGUCCGAACGUCGGUUACCCUGGGUAUGACUACACCCUCGACCCCGAGGCUCACCACGACGCCUACUACACCGAACCGUACCGACCUACGGCUACGCCAGAGGAGGACUAUGAUCUGGGACACCAGCAAAACUUCCAGGACGAUCAUACUCCCAUUUUACAGCACCCAGAAAACCCCUUUGGUCCGGAGAAAUACAGUGACGAGUACCACGAUGACCCGGGGCUUGCGCACACACCCAGUCCGGCCCCGCUCCGGCGAUGGAAGACGGUCAAGGAAGUGCAGUUGUUCAACGGAAACCUCGUGCUCGACUGCCCCAUCGCACCACGACUGCUCUCGCAAGUGCCCCACGCUGAACCUCCGGGGCGUGAUGAGUUCACGCACAUGCGUUAUUCGGCUGCAACAUGCGAUCCGAACGAUUUCUUCGAAGAACGCUUCACGCUGCGUCAGAAGCUUUUCGCCAAACCGCGACACACGGAAUUGUUCAUUGCCGUCACCAUGUAUAAUGAAGAUGACUUCCUGUUCGCGCGCACAAUGGGCGGUGUUUUCAAAAACAUCGAGCACAUGGUCUCCCGCACGAGCAGCAAAACCUGGGGCAAGGAUGCUUGGAAGAAGAUUGUCGUCUGUGUGAUCAGUGAUGGCCGUGCUAAGAUCAACCCGCGGACUCGCGCUGUUCUGGCUGGUCUGGGUGUCUACCAGGACGGAAUCGCCAAGCAGCAGGUCAACGGCAAGGACGUAACAGCCCACAUUUACGAGUACACCACUCAAAUGGCCGUGGAACUGAAAGGCCAACACGUCUCGCUGAAGCGCGGCGCGGUCCCGGUGCAGAUGAUCUUCUGCUUGAAGGAAAAGAACCAGAAAAAGAUCAACUCUCACCGUUGGUUCUUCCAGGCAUUCGGUCGCGUGUUGGACCCCAACAUCUGCGUUCUUCUGGAUGCAGGAACAAAACCCGGAAAGGAUUCUAUCUACCAUCUGUGGAAGGCUUUUGACGUGGAGCCCAUGUGCGGUGGCGCCUGUGGUGAAAUCAAGGUCAUGUUGUCGCACGGCAAAAAGCUCCUGAACCCGCUAAUCGCUGGCCAAAAUUUCGAAUACAAGCUGAGCAACAUUCUCGACAAACCACUGGAAUCCUCGUUUGGUUUUAUCACUGUGUUGCCAGGUGCCUUCUCCGCCUACCGAUACGUCGCUUUACAAAACGAUAAGAACGGCCAAGGUCCUUUGGAACGGUACUUCCUGGGUGAAAAGAUGCACGGUUCGAAUGCGGGUAUCUUCACAGCAAAUAUGUACUUGGCUGAAGACCGUAUUCUGUGUUUCGAAAUUGUGUCCAAGCGGAACUGCCGUUGGUUGCUGCAGUACGUCAAGUCGUCGACGGGUGAGACUGAUGUGCCAGAUCGUAUGGCGGAAUUCAUCAUGCAGCGUCGUCGUUGGUUGAACGGUAGUUUCUUCGCUGCUGUAUAUGCCAUUGCGCACUUCUACCAGAUCUGGCGGAGUGAUCAUAGCUUCAUCCGGAAGACGAUGUUGAUGGUUGAGUUCAUUUAUCAGACGAUCGCUAUGCUCUUUGCCUGGUUCGGUAUUGGCAACUUCUUCCUGGUCUUCCAUAUCCUUACGACUUAUCUCGGUGACAAAGAACUCCUGGGUACGGCUGGUAAAGUUCUCGGUGUCAUAUUCGAAUGGCUCUAUCUCGCGACUUUGGUAACUUGUUUCGUCCUGGCCUUGGGUAACCGACCUGGCGGUUCGAACAAGUUUUACAUGACCAUGGUGUACUUCUGGAUUGGAAUCAUGAUCUACCUGGCGUUCGCCGCGGUGUUCGUGACCGUCCGAUCUAUCCAGCAGCAAGUCGAGAAACAUAGUUUCACGUUCUCGGACUUGUUUACCAACAAGCAGUUCUUCAGUAUCAUAGUGUCUCUGGGCGCGACGUAUGUCAUGUGGUUCAUCGCGUCGUUUAUCUUCCUGGACCCAUGGCACAUGUUUACUUCCUUCAUCCAAUACAUCCUCCUCACCCCAACCUACAUCAACGUCCUCAACAUCUACGCCUUUUGCAACACCCACGACAUAACCUGGGGCACGAAAGGCGACGACAAAGCCGAAAAACUGCCCUCCGCAAACCUCAAACCCGGCGGCAAAGUCGACGUCAACAUCCCCCAGGACGAUGGCGACCUCAAUGCGCAGUACGAAGCGGAACUCGCCAAAUUCGCCGUCAAACCACCAAAGGAGGAAAAAACGAUCCCUGAAGAAGAGCGCCAGGCAGACUACUACAAGGGUUUCCGGAGUGCCGUCGUGCUGGUGUGGGUGUUUUGCAACUUUGCGCUUGCUGCGGUUGUGCUUAAUGCCGCGGGUAUGGAGCAGUUUAGUUCGGAUAGUGACAGUACGGAGAAUCAAAGGGCGGAGAUUUAUAUGGCUGUGAUUUUGUGGAGUGUGGCGGGGAUUUCGAUUUUCAAGUUUAUGGGGGCUAUGUGGUAUUUGGUUGUGAGGAUGUUCCGCGGCGUUUAA